AUGCUCACAGUCAAUGGCUCAAUCUUCAUGCCCUCUGUAUUUAUAUUAAUUGGGAUUCCUGGCCUGGAAUCCAUGCAAUGUUGGAUUGGAAUUCUCUUCUGUGCCAUGUACAUUACUGCUGUGAUUGGAAAUUCCAUAAUUUUAGUUAUUAUCAAAUACGAAAACAGCCUCCACCUACCCAUGUACAUUUUUUUGGCCAUGUUGGCAGCCACAGACAUUGCACUUAGCACCUGUAUUCUUCCCAAAAUGUUAGGCAUCUUCUGGUUUCAUUUUCAAGAGAUUUCUUUUGAUGCUUGUUUGCUGCAAAUGUGGCUUAUUCAUUCAUUCCAGGCAACUGAAUCAGGUAUCCUUUUGGCAAUGGCCCUGGAUCGCUAUGUGGCCAUCUGUGACCCCCUGAGACACGCAACCAUCUUUUCCCAGCAACUCUUAACUCAUAUUGGAGUUGGGGUAAUAUUCAGAGCUGCCAUCCUUGUAACACCUUCCAUAGUGCUUAUCAAAUGUCGUCUGAAACUCUUCCGAUCUACAGUCAUCUUUCACUCUUAUUGUGAGCACAUGGCAGUUGUGAAGCUGGCUACUGAAGACGUCCGAGUCAACAAGAUGUUUGGUCUCUUUGUUGCUUUUGCAAUCCUAGGGUUUGACAUUAUCUUUAUCACUUUGUCCUAUGUUAAAAUUUUUAUCACUGUCUUUCAACUUCCUCAGAAAGAGGCACGAUUCAAGGCCCUCAAUACAUGCAUCACCCACAUCUGUGUUUUCCUGCAGUUCUACCUUCUCGCCUUCUUCUCUUUCUUCACACAUAGAUUUGGGUUUCACAUACCUCCAUAUGUUCAUAUUCUCCUGUCAAACCUUUACCUGUUAGUCCCACCAUUUCUCAAUCCUAUUGUCUAUGGAAUGAAGACCAAACAAAUUCGCGACCAUGUACUGAAAAUUGUUUUUUCUAAAAAAGUAUCUUGA